CGGGAGCGCUCGGUGGCUGGAGACGCACAAGGCGGAGGGCGCCACUGAGGCAGCCGCUGAGUACUCCUGCCGGGCCGGGCCGGUGCGGCUGCUGGGAGCCCCGUGGAGGGGAUGGCGGACGGGACUCACUGUGUCCUUCCUUUGGGCUCGCCCCGGCCCGGGGCCCCCAGCAUCCCGCCGCAAGAAGAAGGUGCUGCGGCCGCUGUAGAAGCCUCGGACGACCUGAGCUCGCCACGUUCCGUUUCGGGCAGCUCGGCGGGUACCAGCCGCGACAACUCGGCCGAGAGGGACCCCCCAGUUCUGGCCAAGCCUGCCCCUGCCGCUGGCAUUAUGAAGGAUGGAUCCCGACAGCGCCGUAUGCAGCCCCAGAAGAAGAAGACAGUCUCCUUCAGCACCAUGCCUAGUAAUCGCAAGCUGAACAGCACAGCUGCCUGCAUCUCUUUCAUGCUGGAGGGCUGUGAGAUGAAGAAAGUGCGCUCUAACUCUCGCAUGUACAGCCGAUUCUUUGUGCUGGACCCAGACCUACGUUUCAUGCACUGGGAACCUUCCAAGAAGGACUCCGACAAAGCCAAAAUCGAAAUCAAGUCAGUCAGGGAAGUGCGAGUUGGAAAAAAGACUCCUGUGUUGCGUUCCAAUGGCCUCUCAGAUCAGUUCCCAGAUGAAUGCGCGUUCUCCAUAAUCUAUGGAGAGAACUAUGAAUCCCUUGACCUUGUGGCAAGCUCUGCUGAUGUGGUGAAUGCAUGGGUGAUGGGCCUGCGAUAUUUGGCCUCAUAUGGGAAGCACACGCCGGAUGACGCUCCUGAGACUGGUUACCCAAAUCCCCGCACCUCCUGGAUCUAUUCUGUCUUUGACAUUGCAGAUCUAGAAAAAGAGGGUCAAAUCCCAGUUUCUCGUGCUGUGCAGCUCAUUCGUGCUCUCAACCCUGGCAUGAAGGCCUCAACAAUUGAGUUGAAGUUCAAAGAGCUCCAGAAAGCAGCCAAUGAGCCACUUGGAGAGGAGGUGAACUGCCAAAUCUUCAUAAUGGCGUACUGUGAGCUAUGCACCAGGCCUGAGGUAUUUUUCCUCUUGGUUCAGUUUUCCAGCAAUAAAGAAUACAUGGGUCUGAGGGAUUUGAUGAGUUUCUUAGAGGCAGAGCAGGGUAUGGAAGAAGUAACCGAAGAGAUGUGCAUGGAGAUCAUUGCCAAAUACGAGCCAUCCAAGGAGGGUCGGGAAAGGGGCUACUUGGCCAUUGAUGGCUUCACUCGCUACCUCCUUUCAGCUGAUUGUGACAUAUUUGACCCACAGCACCGGAAGGUGUGCCAGGACAUGUCUCAGCCACUUUCCCAUUACUUCAUUAGCUCUGCACAUGGAGCAUGCUUGGCUGAGGACAGUUGCUUCUGGGGAGGCUCCACCUCAGACAUUGGGGGUUAUGUGGCAGCCCUUAAGGCUGGUUGCCGUAGCUUGGAACUUGUGGUUUGUGAUGGUUCAUCUGGUGAGCCUGUGGUUGGUGCAGGGAGCCGUUUGGCCUUCUCCAGGGUAGUGGCUGCUGUUGCUGAACAUGCCUUUGAGUCCUCCAAGUUUCCACUUAUCCUGUGUCUCUCAGUGCGCUGCUGUGUUGCCCAGCAGAGGCUCGUGGCUGGGUAUCUGAGGAAGUCUUUGGGGGAUAAGCUGUACUUGACACCUCCAAACCCAAAUGAAACCUAUUUGCCAUCUCCAGAAACACUCAAGGGAUACAUCCUCAUAAAAAGCCGGAAGCUUCUUCCAAACUGUCAUUCAAGUGAGGGAGAUGUAUCUGAUGAUGAUGAGGCCUCAGAGCUAGGCCUCCCACUUUCUGAACGGGACAGAGAGCAUCCCCGGUCCCAAUGCAUCUUGUGCCGUGAACUUUCAGAUCUUGUCAGCCUGUGCCAGACUGUGUCUUUCCAAAGCUUUGAGACUUCUCGGCGGAGCCAGUGUUACUGGGAGGUGUGCUCUUUCAGUGAGGUGGAAGCUGGACGUUAUACCAAUGAGGAGCCGGAGGACUUUGUGGCCUACAACAAGCGCUUCCUGUCACGUGUUUAUCCCAGCCCCAUGCGCAUUGACGCUAGCAACAUGAACCCUCAGGACUUCUGGAAAUGUGGCUGCCAGAUGGUGGCCAUGAACUACCAGACACCUGGUCUCAUGAUAGAUCUGAAUGCCGGCUGGUUCCGCCAGAAUGGGGGUUGUGGCUAUGUGCUCCGCCCAGCAAUUAUGCGAGAGGAGAUCUCUUACUUCAGUGUAAACACCAAGGACACCUUACCUGGCAUUUCAGCCCAAUUACUGCAUCUCAAAGUCAUUAGUGGUCAGAAUCUGCCUAAACCCAAAGGAUCUGGAGCCAAGGGAGAUGUGGUAGAGCCAUACGUCUGUGUUGAGAUUCAUGGCAUUCCUGCUGACUGUGCAGAAAAACGCACCAAAACUGUGCUGCAGAGUGGAGAUAACCCUAUUUUUGAGGAGACCCUGGAGUUUCAGGUUAAUCUCCCUGAGCUAGCAAUUCUCCGGUUCAUGGUGCUUGAUGAUGAUUAUAUUGGGGAUGAGUUCAUUGCUCAAUAUACCAUCCCCUUUGAGUGUCUCCAAACAGGCUACCGCCAUGUGCCUCUUCAAUCUGUGGUUGGUGAGCCACUCCCCAACGCUACUUUGUUCGUGCAUGUGGCCAUCACCAACCGGCGUGGAGGAGGCAGAGCACACCGACGGGGGCUCUCGGGGCGUAAGGGACGGCACAUGCGGGAAUACACAUCCACGAAGGCCACAGGAAUCAAGGCCAUUGACGAAGUGUUUCGCACAGCUACUCAGCCACUGCGGGAAGCAACAGACCUGCGGGAGAACAUGCAGAAUGCCUUGGUCUCCUUCAAAGAACUCUGUGGCCUAACACCAGCCGCCAACAUCAAACAGUGCAUCUUGAAACUGGCCACGUGGCUUCAGCCCAGCGAGAAGGACAAUCCGCCCACGGUCACCCUCAACCUGGGUGAAGAGUAUCCUUCCAUGGAGACCCAGGGGCCUGUUCCUGAACUCUUGAGAAAAGUACUUGCUGCCUAUGACACUAUGAUCCAAACCAGCCGGACAUUAAUUGAAUCAGCUGAUGCUGUUCAUUCCAAGAUUAUUCAGGUACAACAAGCAGGGGUGGGCUUUCAUAAAGAAUUGCACCGUUUGGAGGCAAAGGAAGGUCUGAAAGGACGGAAAUUACAAAAAGCUCUGGAAAGUUUUGCCUGGAACAUCACCGUUCUCAAGGGCCAAGCUGAUUUGCUCAAGCACUCCAAGGCUGAGGCUCUAGAUACACUAUGGCAAAUCCACAAUGCAGCCCAGUCGUGUGGCAUUGGACGGAAUGGAGCUGCCUCUCCUGACCUCUUCCGCAACCGAGCUGCUCUUGACCCCAUCCCAGAAGCUGAAGGAGCCUGCGAGCCAGGAUCUUCCUGACUGGAAAGGGCUAAGACUUUGGGGACCUGUGGGAUUUGUGGACACAGAUUGCCAUGUAUAGACAAUGUGGCAGGUGCUUACAUGGAGUAAGAGUUGUCUUUAAUCCUGGGAAGGCAAAUGAGAAAAUGUCAAUCAAUUUGCAAGCUUUUGUGUCUAGAACAACAGGUAGGGCUCCCUUAUUGCAAGAUUUAAAAAACACCCCAAAAAGAAAAAAAUUAGGUGACAGAAAAUAUGGUUUUUACCUGGGAAAUAGCAUAUGUGAAAGCUAGAGAUUUUUGACUUAUUUUUUGACACACUGAAAUUAACAGAAACCUCUGUGUGAUUUCAGCAGAGUUUCAGGAGCCAACAGCUAACAAAAAAAUAUCUCCCAAUGACGUGGGACAGCAGCAAGUAGGCCUGAUGCAGAUCCUUUGAAGAAAGUUUUGGGUGUAAGGAGCUGGCAUGUUCUGGAGUUGCUUGCUUGAGUCUCCUAGCAAGGAUAGUGAUAGACUCUGAUGGUACUGGCCAGGCGGAGUUCCUGUCUAAUAUUGUUCAAGGAUCCUUGGUUGAAGAUCUAUUGAAAACAUGAGCCUUACUGGUUAUGAGUUCUUGCAAAUCCUCUAAUGAAUGAGAGAGAGAAAGGGCUUGUCUUUGGAUCUUCUUGAGAUGGCAAUAAUAGCAAUUUAUCUUUCUGGUCCACUCCAACCUCCCUGAAGUGUUAUUUGUAGUUUUCCUCAAAACAGUUUAGCAGCUGAAAUAGGAGUGGUUCCAAUGUCCAAUGAUGUUGGGCUACAUCUCCCACAAUCCAUGAACACUGGUUAGGGUGGCUGAGGAUAAUGGAAAUGCAGUCUAACAACAUCACAGAGAGGUGAGAGAGAGAGCCACUGGUCUUCCUUGCUUUCGUUUUGUUUUGUUUCCCUCCUGCAGGGCUGAAAUGAAGGGUGUGGGGUGAAUGGUGGUGGAGAAUUCUUAAGAUUUUCUGAUUUGAAUUCGGUUGUUGUCCUAAUGGGAAGUUUAGGGUUGCCAUUUUCAUUUCCCCUCCAAAAAAUCAAGGGGAAAAAAGGAGGGAAACUGAGGUAGUCAGACUGGGAAAAUGAAACCAGUUAAUCUUGCAAAGAUUUAUGUUGAUCAUAAAUCAGUAUGGAGAUAAAAUCCAAAUGAUAAACACCAAACCACUGUUUCUUCAAUUGUAUUCUCAUUGCAGUCACAUCAUUUUCUGUAGAAAAUUCAAUUAAAAGAAGCUAAUGCUUAAUGUUUAUUUUGAGAAAUGAUACACAACUCUUUAAAUUUGAAUAUUUUUCAAGGUUUUUCAAGAUUUGGAAAUUGUAGAGAUGAAAAUUGCCUUUGUGAAAAGCAGGAUUUUGGUUGUGUAUCUUGGUCUCUACAUUUUUCUUUGGGGCUUGGAAGGAGUUAAAGUUGCAUUACUUUUUUUUUGCCCACCGUAGAAGAUUUGUUCUGGAAUUAAUGGGCUGGAUUUUGUUGACAAUAAACCCUGAGCUU